CCAUUCCCUCCUCGGUUCUCCUCCCGUCCCCGCCCCGGUUCUGCCUGUCGCGGAGGCGGCUGCGGGCCGGGCGGUCUCGGCCAUGCCGGAGCGGGGUAGCGGUGCGGCCGGGGCCGUGUCCCGCCUCUCCGAGUGGGUGGACGAACACCUCGGCCUCCUGCGGAGCCUCAGCGCCGGGAUGGCGGUGGCGGGGCUGCUGGUGCUGGCCCGCAGUGUCCGCAUGACAACCAAGUUUACGAGGGCUUUGGAUAUACCUGUGGAGUUUGUAGAAAAGAAUGUGAAGCUGCGGGGGAGGUUACAUCACAUCACUGAGAAAGGCCUGGAAGUGGAGCACAUCCCCAUCAGCAUUCCUUUCUUUGCAUCCAUACAGAGAAAAUGGCAAUCCAAAGGACUUCUGCUGGUGCGACUUGCUGGAGUGGAGUUGGCUCCUGGUGGCUUGGCCUGGUUACAGCAAGAGCUAAAACCCAACCAAAUGAUCUGGUUCCAACUUCUGGGAAGGGAGGAGUUGGCACUCGAGUGCCUUGUUUUAGUAAAAAAGGGACUGUUUUUCAGCGUGUGCUUAAACGAGCAGAUCUUGAGGCAAGGGCUUGGCAGAGCAGCACGUAUUGAGGGACUGCAUCACCAUUCCCAGCUGUACUGGCAGCUCCACAAAAGGAUGCUGCAAGCAGAGUUCAAGGCCUUGAAAAAAAACAAAGGAAUAUGGAAAGAAGCAAACUACCCUGGAAGAGUUAGAGAUCGGAUAAGCAACAACAGAUUUGUACAGACACUGAAACAGUUUGUGAGCUGGCUGAGAAGCUCUGUUUAAAGGGGGACUUGCCUGGAGGAAUGCCAGGUAUCUGUCAGGUGCUUUAUGUGCAGUUGAAGUCUGAUAAAAACCAGUGCCCAUCAUUGUGGGGAUCCCUGCCUUGAACAGACAGUCCAUAGUUACCUAAUGCCACGGGGAAACCCUUAAGGGACCAAAAUUCAGUAGUAAUAUGCAGGCCACAAAUUAAAAUGUCCUCAAGCUGCACUUCUCCAUCAGUGUCUUAAAGGAGUUGUCAGGUUUCUACCUGCACAGCUGUGCAAGCAGCCAACACUCCUGUUUUUAAGAGGGGCAGAGUGUUGGUUCAUAGUGUACAGCCUCUGCUUCUCCCUGACACAUCAGUAUGAGGCAGCCCCCAGUGUCAGAAAACUCCAUUUCACACCUUUACAAAGUGUCUGGGCGUGUGUUUGCACAUGCAUUUUGUUUGACUUCUGUUCUUAUGCUGCUCUUGUGUAUAUUUUAUGUUUUAAAAAUCUUUCAUCUUGAGUAAUGGGUUGCAUUGCUACAGAGAUAAAAGGUAAUUUGUUAUGGCUGAUCUUAAAGCUGAUAAAGUCAUAACUGGGGAAAAAAAAAUCCCUUGUAUCAAAGAAUGAGGCUGUCAGUAAUCCACAUUUUAUAAGACAACAUUCCCUUCAAGAUAAACUGCUGUUUUUUCUGAUAGUUCUGUAAAUAUCUAAGGUUUGAUUACAAUGCAACUUAAACAUGAGAUUUGAAAAGGCAGGCCAUACUGUGCUAAGAACUUAAAUCCUUGUUUUCUUUUUGAGAAACCUUAAGUGUAUGACUAUUAUUUUGUGAAUAUUCUCAGACUAAAGCUUUAAUUUCUUAUGUUCAUUGUUACAUGUUUUCUGUACCAAGCACUUGACCUUUGUUUAACCUUCACAGUUCCCAACACUUCUUUAAAUGUGUUUUACAGAUUUUCUUUCUUUCUGUGUGAUUCCUUGCCAAAGAAAUACUACGGAGAAGAGUGUGGUACAAAAAAAAAUCUUUAAAACCAAGCAUUGCUUGUCUGACCAUGAGUUGCUACAUCAUCACUUUCUCUGCUGACUUGAGGGCAAAAUUAUGAAUCCUGAGGCUCAUAGAAAACUGGAUUCUGCACUUCUGGUUGCUAAAGGAAGUCAUGGGAGGAUUUAUCACAAAAAUCCACUGUAAAAUUGAGAAAAAUCUCAGGAAAUGGCGUGCUACGUUUCUAGCAAGUAGAGGUGAGGUAUAGGCAAGUGUGAACCAAAUCUGCUCACUCACAAUCUAAAUCCCUUUUUACCCUUGAAGUUCAGAAAAGCCACAGAGAUUUUCCUGA